CCCCAAUCACUCUCAACAUUCUCUCAACUCUCUUAAAAUUUAUUGUGUCGACAUUUUCCCAAUGGAGACGCUACUUACGAUUCCACUCGAGCUGCUCGUUUCCAUCUCCUCGUUCCUCUCAACACCGGAUCUCGGCUCCCUCCGUCUUACUUGCAAGCAUGUCGAGAAGUCGCUCUACGAGUGGUUUUCAAAAGAAUUCUUUACCAAAAAGCAAUUCAUGCUCACCCAGCCAAGUCUACAAGCACUUGUCGAUAUCUCAAGACACGCAGGCUUCUCGCAGAAGCUGACUCACGUUAUCCUAGCAACAAAUGUCUACGAUGAGAUUCCUUUACAAUUCAGGGACGAGGCCGCUGGGGCCGCCUACAUCGAAGGUUAUGCUGACCAAAAAGCUCUUAUGAGCAGUGGAGCCGAUCGUGAAAUGCUCACCGAAGCGUUCCGGAACCUGGAAAAUCUCCACACUGUUGGGAUACGCGACUUCAACUCCGAGUCUAGAACGCGUGACGGGGUCAAGGCAAGCUGGAGCUCGUGGGGUGCACCGACCGUUCGUGCGGAGACUGGUAUUGAUAUGUCGUUCUCCUUUCGUGGACCGUUCACACCCGACAACGAGUCUCGUUUCGUGUCACACAUGUUCUCGACUCUAGUCUACGCCCUUGGGAGAGCCCACCGAACGACCCCACAGAUCGAGGUGCUGUUGCGCCGAAAUGGUCUUCCCGAUAGCUCCUUCCAUAUCCCGGCCUUCUUCUCUUCUACCAUCACGCCAGUGCUACAAAACCUUGACGCUCUACUGCUGAAUCUGGACCUUGCUUCCCGUCGUCUGCAUACUUAUAGCAAUGGAAUCCCUAUGGAAGAUAGACCCGGCCGUUCACUCCGCAAAUUUCUGAGCUUCACGCCAAACCUCACGCAUCUCCGUCUCAACUUCCAUAAACAUCAAUUUGUAAACACGGAGGAUUUCCUACAAUGGCUGAGCGAACCCAUGCCUGCAGCUGCUUCAGGCCUGACUUUGGACACUCUCCGACCCGCUCCGAUUGCUCUGCCCCUUCUCAAACAACUUGAAUUCGGCCAACUAAACGUCGUUCCAGACACACUUCUCGCCGUCAUUGCCAAAUUCGCACCAACUCUGACCGAUCUAAGUUUGUGGAGGACGUCACUCAGCGCUCCAGGCGUGCCGUAUAGCGACAAGCCGAAUCUAUGGUUCCACGUCAUUAGGAAAUUGGUAAAGAUUCCCCAUCUGGAGCUUACCCACCUAAAGGUGGGCAUGCUCAGCCAGGACCAACACCUCCACGUAAACUUCUCGGUCGACGGCAGCAAAGAAUCACAGCUCAAGGUACGAGAGUAUUCUGGGAAAAAGAUGGAAUCGUUCCUGAAAGAGCUGGCGGUGUCGGUUGUAGUCCAGUGGCCCGUAGACCCACCUUCCGACGACGGCAACUCUGAUGAAGACGAAGAGAUGGAUGACGACGAUAACGAUGAUGGCGAUGAUGUCACUGACGGCGAUGGAGACUACGAAGAGUGAGCAGGAGUUUGUGGAAUAUCGGAAGGAUUAUGAUGGCUUUUUAGGUGUUGUGUAAUGGGAGAUGAAAUACCUUUUGUCAGAUUACCCAGUACACAUCAACUGUAUUGCUCUCUCUACGUUCAAGAAUUGAGGUCUUCAUGUCCGAAAAUGUCCCUAUACCGUCUUGUCAGGAUUUGUCCGGGAGGUCUCCAGUGUAUUGCCUCGUAGUCAAAAGUAUCCAUAUAAACCAAAUACCCAGACUGUAGACUCCUCAUCCUUGGAUAUGACUGCCUAGAUUACUUAUCCAGUUAUGACUUUGCUUCCUCGCCCAUCACAGUCGAUUUCCGUUCUUCAAGGUGACACAUCCGCGACGUAUGCUGCAGUGAAA